AGUUGUCACGUUUUGGAUCCAGCAUGGCAGGGAAACAGAAAAGGAAACUGGAAGAGCUCAGUGUGGAUGAGUUCCUGCUGUCAGGUUUUGACUCUGACGGUGAAUCUGAAGAAGAGGCUCCCAAACAGAAUGAAGUCAAGAAAAAGAACAAGAAGAAAGAUUUGAACUCUGCAGCUCCCAACACUGACGAUACGAAGAAAGGAAAGGCCUCUGAACACAAGGAGCAGCUGUCCAGGUUAAAGAAUAAAGAUCCAGAGUUUUACAAGUUUCUGCAAGAGAACGACCAAAAGCUCCUAAACUUUGAGGACACAGACAGCUCUGAGAAUGAGGAUGAGGAUGAGAAAAAGUACCACAGAUUGCCAUCCACACUGGAGGAGGCUAGCUCUGGUGAGGAUGGUGAAGAUGAUGAGGAUGGACAGAAAGGUUCGAAAAUAUCCAAGAAAUCAGUGGAGACCAUCAAAGUCACAGACAAAAUGAUUGAAAACUGGAGAGCUGCUAUGAAGCAGGAGCCCACACCUCGUCUCUUCAGAGAAGUCACCCAGGCCUUUAAGGCAGCUGUGGCUACAACAAAGGGUGAAGGAGGGGGACAGUGUCGAUACAAAGUGGCUGACAGCUCAGUGUUCAACGCUUUGGUCCUGUUCUGCAUCAGAGAUGUUUACGUGGCCCUGCAGAGGAUGCUCAACCUAAAGCCAGAUAAAGACCAGAAAAAGCUAGUGCUCCCGUCGUCUAGUCCAAAAUGGCAGAAGAAUCAGAUCGACAUCAAGAUGUAUCUCAGUGGAGUAGUUCAGCUAUUAUCGUGUCUAACAGAGGCUACAGUCAUCAGCGCUGUCCUGCGGCACGCCAACCAGCUCAUACCUUAUUACCUCUGUCUACCCAAACAGUGUCGGCACCUGGUUAAGCAACUGCUGAAACAGUGGAGCACAGGGGAAGAAACGAGUCGUGUUCUCGCCUUCCUGGCCCUCAACAAAAUCUGCCGACACAAGCAGGAAACAUAUCUUAACCCUAUUCUCAAGCAAAUGUACAUUUCCUACGUACAAAACUGUAAGUUCACAUCUCCCAAUGCGCUGCCCAUGAUCAACUUCAUGCAGCGAACGCUAACGGAGAUGUACUCCCUGGACACACAGGCCACCUAUCAGCACGCCUUCAUCUACAUCCGACAGCUGGCCAUCCACCUCAGAAACGCCAUGACCAUGAAGAAAAAGGAAACAUAUCAGUCGGUGUAUAACUGGCAGUAUAUCCACUGUCUGUACCUGUGGUGUCGCGUCCUCAGCACCUUGCACCCCAGUGAUGUUCUACAACCUCUCAUCUAUCCACUCUGCCAGGUCAUAAUCGGCACCAUCAAAUUGGUGCCCACAUCAAGAUAUUACCCCCUGAGGAUGCACUGUUGCAGAGCCCUCACCCUGCUGUCGAGCAGCACCAACACAUUUGUACCUGUGCUGCCUUUCCUCUUGGAGAUCUUCCAACAAGUGGACUUCAACAAGAAACCAGGCCGAAUGAGCAAGAAACCCAUCAACUUUGCAGUCAUCCUGAAGCUUAGCAAAGUCAACCUGAUGGAGAAAGCCUACAAGGAGGGACUGAUCGACCAGCUGUAUGACCUGAUACUGGAACACUUCCACACUCAGGCCUUCACCAUUGGCUUCCCAGAGCUCGCCCUCCCCACCAUCAUUCAGCUGAAAGCGUUCCUGAAGGAAUGCAAAGUGGCCAAUUACUGCAAGCCGGUGCGCCAGCUGCUGGAGAAGGUACAGGAGAACAGCAGCCACAUCACAGGACGGAGACAGAAGGCCGCCUUCGGAGUGGCCGAUGCCACCGCUGUGGCGGCCUGGGAGAAGCAGGUCCAGGAGGAGGGGACUCCUCUCAGUAGGUACUACAGCCAGUGGAAGAAACUGAGGGAGAAGGAGAUCCAGCUGGAGAUCUCUGGCAAAGAAAGGAUGGAGGAUCUGGACCUCCCUGAGAUCAAACGGAAGAAGAUUCAAGAGAAGAAAGCGGAGGACAAGAAGGAGUUCAAGGAUCUGUUUGAGUCUGACAGUGAAUCAGAUGAUGAUGAUGGAGGGUUCAAAAUCAAAGGUAAAAAGGGCACCCGUGGGUCAGAUGAUGAUGAGGAUGAUGAUGAUCUUGACGACCUGUCUGACAUGAGCGAUGAUGAGGGAAUGGAAGAAGACUCAGAUGAUGAUGAAGGGGAUGAAAAGGCAUCCAAGGCUCCUCAGCCGCUGUCCUCCUCUGCUCUGAUAAAGCUGGCCGAGGGAGACGAGGAUCUGGUGGAGGACCUGGAGCUGUCUGACGAUGACUGAGGGAUCAUGGGUUCACGCGAUCGAGCUCACCUGAGACACUUUUUAUGCUCUCCUCCGAUAUAUUUGGAUUAUUUGUUAUAUUCUUUGCUUUUGAAUUUUGUAUUACUUCACUUGUACAGUACAAAUGUGUUAAUGGUAUAAUUUUAU